AUGGAGAGACCGAGAUACAGCAGAAAACUAUCGUCGUCAUCCGUGCACCACAAGCGGUCGAGCUCGAGAAAACAAAGAGGAAGACGCUCGUCGUCGUCGCACUCUAUUGUUCGGCCACUUUCUGGGGAAUGGCCGUUAUCGGACGAGCAGAGCUUCGAGGCAGACUUUUACGAGAGUCGCGCCACCCUCGACAACUCUCUGCCGUUGGACUAUUUUAAACAGGACCUUUUGGCCGUGAUCCAGAGCCUUCGCAUACCCAAAUGGCGCAAAAUCCCCAUCACAGAGUCGUCUUUGCAAGAGCUGGAGUUGCAGCGGAUCAGCGGGGCCCUCACCAACUGUGUGUACAAGGUCACCUACAAAAACUACUACCCGUUGCUUCUGAGACUUUACGGUGCAAAUGUCGACAAUAUCAUCGACCGGGAGUCCGAGUUGCUCACGUUGCAACGACUCUCGCAGCGAAACAUUGGACCCAAGCUACUUGGAUGUUUCUCCAACGGCCGGUUCGAGGAGUUCCUUAACAACUCCAUCACUCUCAACAAGGAACAGAUCAGAGAGCCCAAGGUGAGCCGCAUGAUUGCCAGAAGAAUGAAGGAGCUGCACAACGGUGUUCCGUUGGAAUCUAACGAGAAAUUACAAGGCCCCAAGGUCUGGGCCCUCAUCACCAAAUGGGUGCGUUUGGUUGAUGACAUGGUGAAGGACUCCUCGGAGGAGGAUCAGAUUAAGGUGUUCAUGACUUCGUGGGACAACUACAAGAGAAUCAUUGCAAGCUACCAAGACUGGCUUUACCAGAGCUACGGCGGACGGAUCCACGUGGAUGAGAAUCUCAAGUUCUGUCACAACGACACCCAGUAUGGAAACUUGCUGUUCUACAACAAGUACGACCAGCCGUCUAUAGAGGAGGACGACUCGGACGUGGACUCAAUGGCACUUGACGAGUCGCUGAUUAAGAAAGCCUCAUCUCUGUCGAUCUCCACCGCCGACACCGUUCCGCUGGUCACGGAUCUUAACUACAAGGACGACAAGAAACUUGUUGUGAUCGACUUUGAGUACGCCGGACCUAAUAUGCCUGCCUACGACAUCACCAACCAUUUUAGCGAGUGGAUGGCCAACUAUCACACGCUCGACUCCUUCCGACUCCAGGUCCCACGGUAUCCAAGCAGAGAGGAACGGAUCAACUUCUUGAACACGUACGUGAAUUACGUGCCUGGAUCGCAGACACCAAUGCUGGUUCCACAGCACGGAGGUUCCGGCGUGGCCAUGACACCGAACUUUUUGAAACAGCGCUCGUCCUCCGUCGUCAACCUCAAGGAAAGCGACUUGCCAGCACAGGUGAUCAAGCUGUACAACGAAACGAUCAUCUGGCGUGCCUCCAACUCGAUCUUCUGGACUCUAUGGGGAGUCAUCACCAAAGGAUCCGUGUCUAAUCACCAACAUUCGCAGGUCAAGGACGUUUACGAGUCGGGUCCCAACGGCGAGGUGUACAAGGUGACUAUCGAGGACGACGUGGAUCUGGAUGACGAGGCUGCCGUCGAGGAAAUCGGCGACGACAACGACGACAACUUUGACUAUCUCCAGUACUCGCUGGAGAAAAACGCAAUUACCAUGGGCGACCUGCUCCAGUUCAACCUGAUCACCAAAGACGACUUACACCCUUCGAUGCUCUACAGACUCAAAAUUCUUGACGCGGAGAUUUUGCAUGUUUGA